AUGGCUGCAAUCGUGUUGUUAUUCUUUGUCCAGGAGCCUCUAGAUACGUUGACGAUCAUGAAAGGAAUUGGUGCUCAAUUAGAUUCGCAUAAACUAUUACCAUUUCAAAGCAGCAACACAUUUAUACCGAUAAAUAAUAUGAUUGAUUUAGUUGUUCAUGAAGGAUUCCAUGACUAUGGUCAAGUCAUAUUCUAUUUGUGCUUUUUGACGAAAAACUUCCGACUGGAGAAGCCAGGAAAAGAUGGAGUUAUACAAGUUGUGUUUGGUCAGCUUUUACCGAGAAAGGAUGUGUUGUUGACUGUUUGGAAAUUGAGUAGACAGUUACUAUUUGCCGAAACAAGGCGAUAUUGGAGACGUGUGCCGGGACAAGGAUUAAAGGAGUUGUCAAGGUUUACAGAGUAA